AAGUAAGUACUGACAAUGUGACAUCACUCGGUAAAGCUACAAAGAUCGUUCCAUUAUUACUGAUGUUACUUCUUUACGUUAUAGUACUGCAAUAACGGAACGAUGUCCGCAGUACUGCGAUUGAUUUAAAAUAUUAACCUAUCAAUAUAAACGAAAUUGUCAAAAUGGAUAAAAAACUUGAAAUGAUUUGUGAGUUCGCGAAAUAUUUAAUGGAAUCAUCAGAUGAAUCAGACAGUGAAACAUCAGAUGAGGAACAUGAAUUGCUCUUAUUAUUAAUUGUGCAAAAGACGAAUACAAUAUCGCAUAAACAUUACCAGAAUUAUGUUGAAAACAUUGUACCCUUGUACACCGAUGAAGAAUUCAAAAUGCAUUUUCGGAUGAAACGGAGUACGUUUCAAAUAUUAUUAGAACUAUUAAGACCUCUUGGAACCAAGCCUCUGGAAACAGAGUAAUAGAUAUGGCAAGCAACCAAUAUCGCCUGAAAAACAACUACUCAUAGCUAUUUGGAUUAUGGCUACACCAAAUUCCUAUAGAUGUGUUUCAGAUAGAUUUAAUGUUGGUAAAGCUACAGCAUGGCGAAGUGUGCAAAAAGUUGUACAUGUACUGUAUAAAAAAAUUACAAGUUUUAUUAAAUGGCCAACUAUAGAAGAAGCACAACAAAGCAUGGAUACCAUGGAACAGCAAUAUGGUUUUCCAAAUGUUAUUGGGGCAGUAGACGGAACACAUGUAAAAAUUACUGCUCCACAAGAACAUAGUGAAUCAUACAUAAACAGAAAAGGGUUUCAUUCGAUUCAACUACAAGUAAUUUGUAAUCCACAAUUACAAUUUAUACAUUGUUAUGCAGGACAGGUGAUGCAGCAUAUCGAUUAACAAAAUAUGUGAUGGUACCAUUUAAGGAUAAUGGUCAUCUAUCAGAAAGACAAAAAUAUUUUAAUGUUCGUCUCUCUUCUGCUAGAAUGAUCGUGGAGCGAUCAUUAGGUCUCCUAAAAAGUCGUUUUAGAAGUAUAUUAGACACACUUCCAAUGCAAAGAACGGAUUUAAUUCCCAA